AUGCUUUUCACGGCUCUCCUCGCCUUUACGGCGCUCGUUGAGGCUCUCCCAGAGCACUCACAAUAUGGCAAACGACAAGGUGGAACUACGAUGUUGCGAUUCGGUUGUCCUCAACUCGUUAUCGACAGAAUCGAUCCUCUUGUCAACCCUGGUCAAGCACCAUCUCCCCACGUUCAUCAGAUUGUUGGAGGAAACGGAUUUAAUGUCUCAAUGACAACGGGUGAUGUUGCCAAGACCGCGUCUUGUACCACCUGCUCGUUCGCCGACGAUUUCUCGAAUUACUGGACAGCUAACGUAUACUUCAAAGCCCGAAAUGGCACUUACAAACGUGUUCCUCAAGGUGGUGCUGCGUAAGUUUAGCGACAUUCUUUUUCAAAAUCCCUCGGAGAGCUCGUCAUAUAUUGUUCUCAUGCUAUUGCUAGUUGACCACCAACAAUACCCCCUUAUUCAAGUUUUCAUUUCCUUAAACGCAUAAAUUAGAUGACACCUGCUAACAUUUUCGCAGUUUACAAUUCAACGAUAAGUUCAGCAACACAAUGAAAGAUGGUGUCUUGGUUUACUACGUCUCGGCUAAGCCAGGGUCAAUUACCGCAUUCAAGCCAGGUUUCCGUAUGCUCGUUGGUGAUCCAAUGUCACGUUCAAGAAAAGAUAGUUCACUAAAGAGACAAAAUUGCUUCCGUUGCUACACUGGCCCUAACUUUGGAGGAGAUGUCUCUGCGCCAUGUCAAGAUGCUAAGUUUGUCCCUCUUUCGAGCACCUCAUAACUUCAAAGCUAAUGACGAGCAAGGAUUGAUACUGAGGCAUUUCCCUCAAAGCCAUGUCCUGGUGGCAUCCGUUCCAAUGUUCAUUUCCCAACGUAAGCUUCAUCAUGUAUCACGCUUCCUCCACCAUAAUACUAACAAUACACCAAGAUGCUGGAAUGGGAAGGAUCUUGACAGCCCGAAUCAUCAAGAUCACGUCGCCUACCCCAAGACCGGACCAGCCACCUUCCUCAGUCUCGGUGGUGACUGCCCAUCAACCCACCCCGUCAGAAUUCCACAAUUGAUGUACGAAGUUGUAUGGGAUACCACAAAGUUCAACAACAAGGAUGAUUGGCCAACAGAUGGAAGCCAACCUUUUGUUCUCAGCACCGGAGAUCCAACUGGCUACGGGCAACACGCUGAUUACGUUUUCGGAUGGAAGGACAACGCUCUUCAAAAGGCUAUGGAUACUUCCAACUGUAUGGGUGCUUCUUGUGCAAGUCUCAAGACUCAGACUGUCGACAACGCUAAGAAGUGCUCUGUUACACCGGCAGUUGUUGAGGAUCGUGAUGGAUGUAAGUAUAUCAUUUCUGAAUUUGCAAUUGAGGCAUGCUAA